AUGGAUCGAAACCAUAUACUUGUAGUUGUUAAAGUGUUGAAAUCUUAUAUCGACUUGCUCAUACUUUUGGUCAAUUUUGCGAAUUGUGACAUUAUUUGUGUGAAUGAGUUGCGAAUGGAUAGGAAUGCAUUUGCUAUUUUGUGUGAGUUGCUAAAAACACGGGGUGGACUAUUAGAUGAUGGUAACGUGACAAUUGAAGAACAAGUUGCUACAUUUGUAAACAUUUUAGCACAUCACACCAAAAAUAGAUGUCUUCAAGUUAGAUUUUAUAGGUCGGGGGAAACAAUUAGUAGGUAUGUUCAUCGAGUUUUAAGUGCUUUGUUGCGAUUGCAAGACAUUUUGUUUAGCAAGCCAACUCCGGUAGAGGAUGAUUGUACCGACAGAAGAUGGAAGUGGUUUAAGGGUUGUAUAGGAGCAAUAGAUGGAACAUACAUUGAAGUGACUGUACCUGAGUCCGAUAAACCACGAUACCGAACAAGAAAGGGUCAUAUUGCGAUUAAUGUAUUAGAAAGGUGUUUCGGUAUUUUGAAGAAGCGUUGGGCCAUAUUACGAAGUCCUUCUUUCUAUCCAAUAAAACUUCAAGGAAGGAUGGUCAUAGCAUGUGCUUUGCUACAUAAUUUUAUUAGGAUGUACAUGGUUCUUGAUCCGGAAGAAAACACGACACUUACACUAGAAGAUAUGCCUAUAGGGGAAGAGCAAGUGGAAUCCAACGAUGAUGUUGAAUCUAUUGAUGUUGUUGAAUCGAGCAAUGAGUGGACUCAAUGGAGAGAUGACAUAGCCCAAGAGAUGUUUGAGUCGUGGAUAUCAAGUACAUAA